AUGUUAAUAGAAAAAGCUAAUCAUGCUCAAACACAAGUACAACUUGUACCAUAUUGUGGAAUGGUCAAUCCUGAACAUAUGAAUCAAAUGAAUUGUGUACCUAUGGUUAUGAUGGAUGAUGAUGAUGAUAAAAAUCUUGAGAUAAGUUAUUUAGAAAAAUUAUUUCUCGAAGAUUUUCUUCGAAAAUCAAAUGAAUUUCGUCAAACUGAACAAAUUGAUUCAUUACCUAUUGAAAUUCGUCUUGGAACAGUUUAUACAUAUCAAAAUCGUCGUCAACAAAAUCAAUAUCCUGAUAGUUUAUAUUGUCAAAAUUUAAGUGUUGAUUCAUUACGUAAUGAAGAACGACGUGCUCGUGAUGAUAAACAUUUUUUAAUCACAUUUAAUAAAAAUAAAGGUAUUAAUGAUAUUGAUCAGUUUGAACAUGAAUUAACUUGUACAGGUUUUCGUGAAACACAUAAUCAACAAUUAACCUAUCGUUUAUAUUUAUGUUAUGAAAAAAAAACAUAUUCAACAAAAUUUACACAUAUUGAUGUUGUUAAAUCAAAAUAUACUUCAAAUUUUCCUAAAACAUUUGAUGAUAUAUAUGAUAUACGUACAUCAAUUGGUAAAGCAUUAGAUGAAGAAGAAUUACAUAUCAAUGAUGGUUAUUGUGAUUUUCUUCAUAUAAAAGAUCUUGAAAAUUGUGUGUUUGAAACAAUAUCAUGUAAUGGACAAUUUAUUUACCAUUUUAAUCGACAUUUAGUACCAUAUUUUGAUUUUUUUCAAAUAAAACAAACACGAACAUUUGAUUAUUCAUGUUAUGAUUUAAAUUCAAGUGCUAAAACAACCACACCCUGUUUACAAACAAAUAAUGUUAUUCUAGCUAAAUUACUUUCAAAUACUUUUACGGAAGAAGAAGCAAAACGAAUUUGGACAAUAGGUGCAUGGCUAUCAGAUUUAUCAACAAGAUGUACAAAUCGAUUUUUACCUGCAAAUAAAAUAUCCUGUCGACGACCUGGACGUACUACAACACAUCGACGUGCCGUCAGAUAA